AUGGAGUCCAACAUCGCCAACCACACUCUUGCUGAGGCUCAGGCCAAGGCCACCGAGGCUCAGGACAAGGCCAACAAGGCUCAGGACAAGGCCAACAAGGCUCAGCGUGACCUUGAAAUGGUCCCUCGAGGUGUCAGCGGUACUGCUUCCAGUGUUGAUGAGUUUGCUGGCAUUGUCAGACAGUACAUGGAGGACACUGGCGUCACAGCCGUUAAAUACCGUGUCAACCCCGUUUACCGAUCCGAGUAA